CCAUAGACGCUGGACCGUUCUUUUCAGUUUGAAAAAUAAACGUUAUUUAUUUUGUUUAUUCUAAACGAUUAUUAGGGAUAAGUUUAGUGCAGUUUUGUGAAUGACUCGUGAUAUGUGUUUUAUAAAAAAACAGUGCCAUAUUUAACGAAGCAAUCGAUCAACUUCGAUAACGGACAUUGAACUUUUCACAGAACGGCUCUUCGACGCAAAGGAUCGGUUACAUCGCCCCGACAGCAAGGUACAUGUCAAUUCCUUUCAAGAAAAGGGUUUCUGGGGCAUUUCUUCUCAGAAAAAGAGUCUUUGUGUGUUGGAAUUUCAUCAGGAACAAUCAGGAAAUGCAAUGUGUAUAAGAUGGAGUCCCGACUUCAGCAGCCAAAGAUAAAAUUAAUCAAAGCAAAGAGUACAUUAACAGUCGCAGGAGGCUCAAAAAUCCCAAAGACCAGUCAGAUCAGUUUAGCAUCACAAAGUACGAGUAUAGCAACGAUGUCGAAUAUAAAAAAUGCCGCGAGCACGACAAGCAUAAAUUCCCGAAACGGUACCGAGAAUCAUCCUCCGAAGGAGGCAGCAGGAUUACUUCGUUCCCAGACUAUGUCGACAAUUCUUCGACAGAGGCCAACCCAGAAAGCUCCAUUGAAGCGGCUAGGAGCGGGCGUCAAUGCGAUUGAAGCAAAGCGAGCAAAUAUCACUCAGCGGGUCGCGAAACCUCCAGUUACCACGAAUAAUGCAAAACCUCCGGCAAAACCGGCAGCCAAGCCAGCGCCGAAAGCAGCGAAUAAAAUGCCAGCAAAAUGGGAUCUCAAAGGACGAUUAGCGUAUACUACGGAGGAACUAACAACCGUUAAAAGCCAAAAUAAGGAAAUGUCUUCGAAAUUUCACGAGAUGCAAGAAAAUUAUCAAAGUCUCCAGGAGAGCGAAAGUCUCAGCAAAGCCAGGGCUGAGGAAUUUGAAAAGUCGAAUGCAAAAUUAAAUGAAGAUAUGACAAGGUUGAAGGCGGAGCUCGAUGACUAUCUUACCAAGAACGAGGAUUUAACGAAAAAGCUUCAGGACAUGCAGGAAAAGUAUGAAAACGUGUCGGAGUCUUUGAAAGAGUAUAAGGAGAGGUGCAGUCGGCAGGAGGAACUUUUGAAGGAACAGAAGGUUAGGCUGGACGAUUAUGAUGGAAAUCUUAAAUUCGAGAGGGACAGGAAUAACAAACUGUCCACGACAAAUGAAGAUCUGCAAGUUUUGGUGCACAGUAUGGACAAAGAUCGGAGAAUUCUUCAUAAUACUAUGCAAGAAAUGAAGGGCAAUAUUCGGGUGUUCUGUCGGGUGCGACCAGCUAUUUCAAAAGAAGCUUCAAAACCAUUAUGCUCUAUUAAUUACCUCGACGAAUGCACCAUAGACGUUGGACGUGGGGAAGGUGGAGAAAUGGGAUGUGGUGGUAAAAUACGGCAGUCUCGGCAAGAAUUCCAAUUUGAUAAAGUAUUCCCUCCCAAUGCAUCUCAGGAAGACAUAUUUCAAGAAUUGUCGUUACUUGUGCAAUCAGCUUUGGAUGGCUAUAACGUUUGCGUUUUCGCUUAUGGUCAAACGGGCUCUGGGAAAACUUAUACAAUGGAAGGCUUCCCUGGAACGGAAAUGGAAGGAAUGAUACCAAGGACCGUGAAGCAUAUUUUCAGUGAGAUGAAACAGUUCGAAUUGCUCGGCUGGGAAUACAGAAUCGAAGCGAGCUUCCUUGAAAUUUAUAAUGAGCAUAUAGUGGAUUUAUUGGACUCUCAGCCUAAGUUACUAGAGAUACGAAUGGCUGAUAGCAAAGGGAAUGACUUGUACGUUAGCAAUCUUCAAGUCGAGGAAAUCCACAGUCCUGAAGAACUGCACAAAUGUCUUCUAAUAGCCCAGCAAAAUCGAGCAGUAGCCGCCACCCAAUCCAAUGAGAGAUCUUCAAGGUCGCACUCAGUCGCCCGAAUUCGAUUGAUCGGUAAGCACGCCCGAAAAGACGAAAUAUCGAUAGGAAACCUCAAUCUGGUCGAUUUAGCCGGGUCUGAGCGAUUGAAGGGAGAGGAGGCUGCUCGGACAGCCGAGACAAAAAAUAUCAACAAAUCUCUCUCGAAUCUUGGAAACGUGAUCCUGGCUCUUUUGAAAAAGCAGGAUCACAUACCCUACAGAAACUCCAAGCUGACACAUCUUUUAAUGCCGUCUUUGGGAGGUAAUUCCAAGACACUUAUGCUUCUCAACAUUUCUCCUCUCGACGAUUGCUACAACGAAACGCUCAAUUCGUUGCGAUUCGCCAGUAAUGUAAAUAAUUGUAAAACUGGCACGGUCAAGAGAACAAAAAUGACGCUCCAGAACAACUCAACGUCAUCAUAAAUCCGUACACAAACAAUUCAACCUGAGCUGAUUUCGGACGAAAUUAAUUUCUAGUGCCUAAUGAUUCUUCAUUUAAAGCCUCGUUUCGAACCAAAAGUCGCGCUUUGCCUAGGAUCUUAAGAGAUUUUUUAAUGAUUUAUAGACUAUCUAUAAUUUACAACUACCUAUAAUUUUGUAUCGAGUAAGCUAUAUUGUAUAAUCAAAGAUAGAAGUAAAGACUUUAACUUUAAAAUAGGAAAAGACUGACUCGGCAGAUGUAGAAAUUACUUUUGUUUAUUGCUCUCUCUCCUUUUCUCUUUCGUCGGUUAUCACUUUAGUUUAAUGAGACUGCGCUAUUUCCGAAAAGAAGUCUAAUAUAUCUUGAACUGAGAACUCCAACGUCACCAUACUGUCUGGAUAGCAUCUAUGAAUUCUCCCCUCGAUGUAAGUGUACUGCGCUAUAAACUCGCUCUGCAUUUCACGCCAGACAACCUGGAAAAUAAAAUUUUAACAUUGUUUUCAGCAUUUUUAUGUAAUAGAAUUCACAUAAUAUUUUA